AUGGAAAUAGGGUUCUUGGGGUUAGGAAUAAAGGGAAAGGUCAUGUCCAUGCAUUUGCUUAAAAAUGGCUUCAAGGUCACUAUCCGGAAUAGGACUCUCUCCAAGUAUAAAGAACUAGUGGAGUUUGGUUUGAUCCCGAAACAUUUUCCAAGAUCAGCAAGACAAUUACAUCAAAGUGGCAAUGCCUUCUUUAAGGCUCUCGAGUUAGGUAGCAAACGACUCGCGAAAAUUGGUCGAUUAGUAAUCCUUGCUAUCGAGGAUAAGGAAUUGUAUGAGUAA